AUUUUUAGCGUUCAAAUGGAUGACGCAACGAGGAAUAAUUCGGCAAAAAUGCGAAGCACCAUUAUACAAUUCAAGACUAUCAAUGGUGCAUACUACUUGGUAGAGUUACAAGGUACAAGGUCACAGGCGACGGUGUGUUGUUUUGUUAUCUCUGGCUAUCAGUCUAUUCCUACAUACAAUACGGACUACACAUUCAAAAUGGCUAUAGAUCUGUAUCGAUCUCUCGGAUCUUCCGUAUGCACAACAGUGCAGCUGGUGGCUGCAGCUUUGGACCUCGAAUUGAACCUCAUCGAUCUAAACUUCAAAGAAGGAGAUCACCUCAAACCCGAAUAUCUAAAGAUCAACCCUCAACACACGAUCCCUGCCAUAGUGGAUGAUGGGUUCGCCUUGUCGGAAUCCCGGGCCAUCGCCAGGUACUUGGUCAACAAGUACGGCAAAGACAGCACCCUGUAUCCCACGGAUGUCAAACUCAGAGCUUUAGUCGACCAGAGACUCGACUUCGAAUUGGGAACCUUGUGUACCAGAUUUGCGCAGUUUUUCUAUCCUCAAAUGGCGGGAGCUCCGGCUGAUGAAGCUCUGAAGAAGAAGUUUGAAGACGCUCUAAAGAUUCUAGACGCUCUCCUGGAAGGCAAUGUUUAUGCCGUCGGAGAUAAACUCACCAUCGCCGACUUGAGCCUCGUCGCUAACGUGUCAACUUUUGAAGCUUUUAACACCAGCUUGAAAGAAUACCCUAAUAUUUUGAAGUGGUACGAGCUAGUAAAAUCGACAGCACCAAAGUAUGAAGAAAUAACCGAAAAGGCGUUAGCGCAUGUGCGAGUAAAGGCCGCUCAACUAUUAUCGAAACAAGAGUAAUAUUCCACAUAAACAUUACUUGGAUGUUAUUUUCUUUUUUUUUAUUGUGGUUUUUAGGUCUGCUUGCGAAUGUUAGACAUUGAAAUCAAACUACUUUUAUGGAAUUUUUCGCGGUUUAACUCUGAAUUCUUCUCUGCCCGUGGUGUCGAAACGUCGGGAACUAAAAUCUAAAAUUAAACCGCGAUAAAAUCCGUAAAAGUAGUUUCAUUUCAAUAUUUUUUUUAGUUAAGCUAUGGACUUUCUGCUGUCGCAUAUUAUUAAAGUAUGGUAUAUUCUACAAAGAUAAACAAUA